GCAACUUGGUAAUUUGUAAAUAUUCCGACGCCGGUCGGUCUUUCCCAUUUUUUUCCCGUAUUUUAGCGAUUUUUACAAAUAAAAGACGUGUUUCAGUGAUCAUUCAUCGCAUUAUUACAAUAGAGGAAUACAGCCAACACUUCCGGCAAAAAAGGUGCAGUUCCCAUUGUUUUUUUUUGUGUUUCGUGUGCCAUCCCCGCCGGAUUUUGAAUGUCCAGCAAAACAGCUAAAGAUCCCUGUAAACCGUCUGCCUGUCGAAUUCAAGACUGUCUCAAAGCUAACAAAUUCGACGAAACCCGGUGCUACGAUGUCAUCGAAAAUAUGCGCCAGUGUUGUCUGAAGUUUCAUAAAGUUUCGCUGUGCUGUUCGGGCAUUAAACUGGAUCGGGACUAUCAUUCGGAACAGGAAGCAGCCGACCGGGAACGGCAAGAGAAGCAUAAGCAACGAGCGAGCGAGUAGUGUGGCUCUCUGAAUUUUCUACUUAUCAACUAUGAAUUACGAUCCACGCCGUCGAGUGAUCGUUCCCAAGCGUAACUGGAUGCAGCGCAAUCCCAGGCUGUUUGUAACGCUAAUGACCUCCAGUGCGCUGCUAGUUUUCUUCUCG